GAGAAGCUGAGGGAGUGUGUGGUUGGAUUGGUGUGUGAGUGAGGCUAAUCCGGGGCUACCUGUCUAUCGCCACCACAAUUAGUCGUCGCCUUGUCUAUAAGCGGCUGAUCAUGUGGCACAGCGGGUCGCGCUACGUUGUUGUAGUCCUAGUGGUGCUGCUGGCAUGUGACUGUAUGGACUCAGUGAGAGCCUUGUUUCCCUUCGGGCAGCCCGAGUUUUCUUACAAGAGGAGCAACUGCAAGCCGAUCCCUGCGACUCUGGUGCUGUGCCAUGACAUUGAGUACCCCAACAUGAGGCUGCCCAAUCUGCUGGGCCACGAGAGCAUGAAAGAGGUGCUGCAGCAGGCCUCCUCCUGGAUCCCCUUGGUGCAGAAGCAGUGCCACCAGGACACCAAGAAGUUCCUGUGCUCUCUCUUUGCCCCGGUGUGUAUUGAUGACCUGGACGAGACCAUUAAACCGUGCCGCUCUCUGUGUGAGCAGGUGAAGGACAGCUGCGCCCCCGUCAUGUCUGCGUUUGGUUUCCCCUGGCCCGAUAUGCUGGAGUGUAGUCGCUUCCCUCAGGACAAUGACCUGUGUAUCCCCCCGGCCACUAACGAGCACCAAGUACCGGUAACCAGAGAGGCACCAAAAGUUUGUGACGCCUGUAAAAACAGCAACGAGGAUGACAAUGACAUCGUAGAAAAUCUAUGCAAAAAUGAUUUCGCCCUGAAGAUAAAAGUGAAGGAGAUCGCCUACAUCAAUGGGGACACCAAAAUCAUCCCAGAGACAAAGGGCAAAACCAUUUACAAGCUGAACGGAGUAACAGAAAGGGAUCUGAAGAAGACUGUCCUGUGGCUUAAAGAUGGCCUGCAGUGUACCUGUGAUGAGAUGAAUGAUAUCAACGCUCCCUAUUUAGUGAUGGGACAAAAGCUUGGUGGGGAACUGGUCAUCACCUCUGUCAAGCGGUGGCAGAAAGGCCAACAGAAGUUUAAACGGAUCACUCGCAGCAUCCGCAAGCUUCAGUGCUAGUGGUCUCAUUCACUGGGGCGAGUCUAUUUGCACCUUCUUCCGUUUUUGGGAACUCGUCCUUUCUGAAUGUAACAAAAAGGGUGGGGCAAUUGCUUUUUUUACUAUAAUUAUUGAUUUUAAAAAAUUCUUGUAAAUAUAAUUAAAAUAUAAAAAAGAUCAAAUAUUUUAUAAAGCCCUUGAAUCAAAGACCUAGAUAGGUUUUUUUUUUUUACUGGGCGCAAACUCUGAAUUUUUAUUUCCAUUCAUAAUUAAUAGACUUUUUUUUAUAAUCCAGUUAUACAUUUACAACCGUUUCUACAAGUAUGAGCUUACAAUAAACCUAUGUGGGUUUUUUUUUAGCUGGUUUUUUUUUUUUUUUAACUUGUGUAUGGACUGCAAGAAAAACAGAAGGGGAUAUUUUUAUGCUGAAAUGAGGACUUUUCCCCUCUACAGUGUUGAUUAUUUUGAUAGAAUUGGUACGAUUGAACACAUACUGGCAAAUUAUUAAGAGGUAAAUCUGUGCCCAGUUGUGCCUUUGUUAACACAUGCAGAGUUUAGCAUUUUGGGUAGAAGCGUUGCUUUCCUGCAUGUGUCGUGGAAUUGCAAACUGCUACACACCAAUCACUGUCCAGCACAAAUCUAUAAGUGUUGCAUUGUAAAAUAGGGGGUUUUGUGCCUCUUUUUUUGCAUUUACACCUGGCAGCCCUAUGGUGUUUCAUUGGAAGGAGCCAAAUACUAUUUCCAAGAAAUGUUGAAUUUUUAUAAAGCCGUCAGUUUGUUUUACUAAAUCUGCUGUUGAAAAUAGUAAAUGAUGCUCUAAAAUAUUUGGUUUAUGCAAUUUGUCUAUGGAAAUGAAAGCAAAAAAAACAAAACAAAAAUAUGGUCCCAGUGAAAACAUGAACUCUAGUGAAAGUAACGCACAACAACCAUUUUAUUAUCUUAUGGCUAUUCUGUCAGUUGCUUGCAGCACACUGUUUAUAAAAGGUAGAAAGAUGUAUAUAGCAUGGGAGAAAUGUAAUAAAAUUUGUAAAGAGCAAUGUAA